AUGACAUCCUAUUUGAUCUGCUAUCAGGAAUCAGAGAGGCAUUUGUUAACCACUACUAUUACUAUACCACGAUCUCGAUUGUCAUCGCUCCAAGAUAUGUUUUGCCUGGUUCUUCGUCCAGAAGGCGAAGUUGUUGUCAUUGAGGGCAUUGGUGGCUUGGCAAAGACAUGGGUGGCAAAAGGUGCAUUUGAAACAGCAAGGAACUCAAAUCGCUUUGAUAACUAUAUUUGGGUAUCAUUGUCUAGAGGUUGUAGUCUGCGACGGUGCAUCGAGAAGAUUGCAACAUGUCUUUUAAUUGACAUCGGAGAGGAACUGUUAUCAUCCAGAAUUAGUGUAAUGAUCAAGGAACAUCUCGCGAGACGGAAGUUUUUGUUGGUUCUUGAUAAUGCUUAUUUUGUCGAGGAAAACAUCUUAAUGAACUUGGGGAUUCCUCAUCCUCGAGAGCAGAGUUUGGGUUCAAAGGUCAUUGUGACCACAAGAACCAGGAGGGUACUGUCAGUCAUGGAGCCAGAUAUAAUUAUAUCGCCACAGCCUCUUACAGAUCAGGCCUCAUGUGACCUACUGUGCGAGAAGAUUGGCAAAGAUAUUCGUCUAGACUUAAGUAAUUGUUGCUUUGGCAUACCAUUAUCAGUUAUCUUACUGGCUGGGGCACUGUGUGAUGUGCCUACACAAGAGGAAUUCAGCAAGCUAAUCAGUGAAGUUCAUGUGGCCUCGGCGAAUCGCCUUGUAAAUUUUGGUUACAGCCAGCUUCCCAGUGAUACUGCUAGGCACUGUUCCCUAUACUGUUUACUCUUCCCUGACGAUGAAGCAAUUUCUGUCAAAGACUUAAUAUUCUUCUGGAAGCUGGAGGGUAUCACUGAUGAGGCUAACUGUACUGGUAGGGAAAUUCUCCAUGUGCUUUUAAAGCAUGGGUUGAUUCAUUUUGAGGGUGAUGAUCAUAUCCGCAUGCAUGAUGUCAUUAGAGAGACGUUAUCUCAACUUGGACGGGACAAUGGCUAUGUGGAACAGCCUCAAUGGGACUUUGACGAUUACAUUCAAUUUGAGCAUCUAGCCAAGUUGGGCGGCAAAAUUUCCUUAAUGAACACAAAAAUGGAAGAACUCCAUGGAAGUCCAAGUGCCGAGUGCUUUUCAACUUCGACGCUACUUUUGAGAGGAAACCGCCAUAUGAGAACUAUAUCGGAAGAAUUUUUUUGUUGUGUGCAAAUGCUUAGAGUGCUAGACCUAUCGUUUACUCGAAUCAUCAUCCUGCCCCAAUCCAUUUCUAGUUUGUUUUACCUCCGGUCGCUGCUACUAGUUGGAUGCGGACACUUGGAGAAAAUUCAGCACAUAAGCUCACUGGAGAUGCUUGAAAUACUUGAUGCAUCAAGUUGUGGUUCCCUAAAAAGGGUAGAGUGUGGAUCAUUUGAUCGUAUGAGGGUGCUCAAGAUUCUUGACCUUUCCCGGACUUCUAUUGCAUGCUUGCCAUCUCUAGCUGCGUGCGUCGGACUUCAACAACUCAUACUACACGAUUGCCCAUGUCUUGAAUCUCAGCAAACUACAGAAACAAAUGACAAGUCCUGCAAUGCAAUUUUUGUUAAGUUCCCUUAUGGAGUUUCAAAAACAGGUGCAGUAAGGAACGUACAAAUAGGGGCAAGUAUGGAGGAUCUAGUGGGUUGGAUUUGGUUGCCUGGCGGGCUGGCUUUUGAGUUGUCUGACAGAUUUGUCAUGAAGGUCUCUGAAGAUGUAGAUCAGAACGGCAAAACGUACAUACAUGCAAGUCAGGCCAAUUUCUUUCGGUCUUUGGAUAAAGAAUCUCCACUAUGGUUAACCUGCUUCCAAAAGUUUCACAUAGUUAUCUCCUCUUCAAAGUUUGAUCAAACCAUGCACAAGGGCUUGAGAGCAGUGAGGACAAAAUUCUCUUCUGUGGACGCGCAUUCCGGUGAUUUCGAUCGGUAUCUGGAGAUGAACUGUGUCAGCAUUCCUAAUGGUAUUGAGGAGAUUCUUGGUCAUGCUGAGCUGAUAUCAUCAAGAAGCGUAACAACAACAGAUCAAGUGUGGAAUCUGAAUAUUGGAAGACUGGCAGCAGCACGAGAACUUUGGAUAGAGGAAUGUCGCCAGCUGGAGAAUCUUUUCUCCCGGGAAGAAGUUGAUGAAUUGUCUAGAAUAGGAAAAUUGCAGAAUAUAUUUAUCUCCAACAUGGACAAUUUAGCAUACUUCUGCCAAGGGGUGGAAGAUGCGACGAGUUUCAGUUGUCUGGCGCAGUUGCUCCUCGAUUGCUGUCCAAGACUGAACUUCCUCUUCCCUUCGUCGCUACGCCUGCCGAAGCUUCGCAGUCUACAUAUAAGGUUCUGUGAUAGCCUGGAGAGGGUUUUCGACGAAUCAGUCGCGGCAGAAAUUGCUCUUCCAGGGUUACAGUCACUGCAGCUGUGGGAGCUUCCGGAGCUUAGCUGCGUGUGUGGAGGAGUCUUGCCAUCUCUCAAGGACCUGAAGGUGAGAGGCUGUGGAAAGCUGAAAAGGAUUCCUAUCGGUGUGACUGAAAAUAGCACAUUCAUUAUUACAACAGUAAUGGGAGAGACGCAUUGGUGGGACGAUUUGGUCUAG